AUGGAGCUACUGCCCCGCAGCCCCGCCGAGUUUGGCUCCGCACGCUACUGGGAUCGGUUCUUCCGCCAGCGCGGGCGGCGGCCCUUCGAGUGGUACGGGGCCUUUCCGGAGCUCUGCCCCGUUCUGCACAAGUAUGUGCGGCCCCGCGACAAGGUUCUCGUGGUGGGCUGUGGGAACUCGGAGCUGAGCGAGCAGAUGUAUGACAUGGGAGUGUGCGAGGACAUCACCAACAUCGACAUCAGCGAUGCCGUGAUCCGCCAGAUGCGGGAGCGCAGCGCUAGCACGAGGCCCAAGAUGAGCUACCUGCUGAUGGACAUGCUCCAGAUGGACUUCCCUGAUGCCCACUUCCAGGUGGUCCUGGACAAAGGCACGCUGGAUGCCCUCCUGACCGAUGAAGAGGAGGCAACUUUAGCCAAGGUGGACCAGAUGUUUGCUGAGAUCAGCCGGGUCCUGCAGGUAGGAGGGCGCUACCUCUGUGUCUCCUUGGCUCAAGCCCACGUGCUGAAGAAAGCCGUGGAAUACUUCUCCCAGGAAGGCUGGGUCGUUCGUGUCCACCAGGUGGCCAGCAGUGGGGACAAGCAGCAGUUUGUCCUGCCGGUCUUCGUGUAUGUCAUGACUAAGUUCAGGAAGAUCCCUGGCUCAGCAGCACAGAUCCUGGAGAUCUGCCCUGAGGAGCAGGACAAGCCGAUGCGGGUGGAGAGCGCAGAGCGGCUGGUGGCAGCAGUGAAGGACAGGCAGCAUUAUGCCCUGCUCUGCAGCCAGAUAAGCAAAACCCCUUGCAGGGAACAGCUUUUUUUGGAUCUGUGUGACAAAGAGAGCGGGAAGCCUCGCUACACGCUGCACGUGGUCGACAGCCCCUCCGUGAAACCAUCCCGGGACAAUCACUUUGCCAUCUUCAUCAUCCCACAGGGCAGAGAAACGGAGUGGCUCUUUGGGACGGAGGAAGGGCGGAGGCAGCUGGCGGCCAGCGCGGGCUUCGGGCGCCUGCUCACGGUGGCCCUGCACAGGGAGCAGCACUACGAGGGCAUGGCUGGCAUCCAGGCAGAGCUGUCGGGGAAGGUGAUGGAGCUGGCCCCGCCAAGCCUCCCUGCCCGCCAGCAGGUGCCCUUCCUGUCCGUGGGAGGGGACAUUGGGGAGCGGGCGGUGCGGCACUGUGGCAGCAGCCCCCUGAGCGGGGAGUUUGUCGUGGAGGACGUCAGGGGAGAUGGCACCUGCUACUUCCGCCGCCUCAUCUUCCUCCAGAACAGGAACGUGGUGCAGUCAGAGGCUCGGCUCUUGGCCCCCAUAUCUCUCCCAGGCCAGAAGAAGCGGAGGAAGGACAAGAAGAAACCCAGCCCCACUGAGCCACCUGGAGCCAUUGACAAGAGCUACCUGUGCUGUGAGCACCACAAGGCCAUGGUUGCGGGGCUCUGCCUGCUGGGGGGCCCCGACGCCCUCCCAGAGCUGGCAGUGCUGGUGGUGGGGCUCGGCGGGGGCAGCCUGCCCCUCUUCGUCCACGAUUACUUCUCGCAGGCCCGCGUGGCCGUGGUGGAGAUCGACCCCUCCAUGCUGGAAGUGGCCACGCGCUGGUUCGGUUUCUCCCAGGGCGACAGGAUGCAAGUGCACAUCUCCGAUGGCCUGGACUACGUGGCCAAGCUGGCAGCUGAAGGACCAGCCCAGUAUGAUGCCAUCAUGUUUGAUGUGGACAGCAAAGACCUCACAGUGGGGAUGAGCUGCCCACCCCCAGCCUUUGUGGAAAAGCCCUUUCUGCAGAAAGUUAAAACCAUCCUCAAGCCAGAAGGAGUCUUCGUGCUGAACCUGGUGUGCCGUGACGCCGGGCUGAAGGAAUCCGUGCUGGCCGCCCUCAAGGACGUCUUCCCGCUGCUGUACGCCCGCAGCAUCCAAGGGGAGGUCAACGAGAUCCUGUUCUGCCAGCCGGGCCCCGCGGGCCGGCGCGGCCCCGCAGAGCUGGGGGUGCGGGCCCGGGCGCUGGAGGGGGCCCUGAGGCAGCCGGGCCGGCCCUGGGACAGCUCCUGGGCGCUGGCAGACGUGCUGCAGGCCGUGCACAUCCUCUGAGGGGGAUCUGCUGCUGCUCCAGCACAGCUGUGACCCCACAACAGGGUGCCCGUGGCUGGCACUGCCGCCUGGUGCUGGCCUGGGCCUGCUGGAGGGGUGGGAAUGGCACGGGAAGGUGGUUCCUGCAGGUGGGGUGAGGUGAGGAAGAUGCAGAGGGCCUGGCAGGACUGUGGGUUUGGGUCUGACCUUGUUGCUUUCCCGCAUUGGGAAGAACAUCCCUCCGACUCUCCCUCUCUCCCUUUCCUCUGGCUCU